GUUCUGCGACAGCACCUUCGCCUGGCCGAGCAGGCAGCCGAUCGGAGGCGGAGGUAUGAGCAGGAGCCAUUCUUCAAUGCUCCGGGCUAUCUUUGCAACAUCACAGUAUUGAGGCAUGCAGUGAGAGCGCUGGAACACUGGCUGGAUGAUUUGGAUGGCUCCUAUUUCGAGGACGACCAGUACGACUUGGGCCGGAGGCAGCUGUACUCCGAGGAAUGGGAUGCCGUGGUCUUGUACUCGGAGCUUUCCGAGGCCCAGCUCUGUCAGCUGGACGAGGCCGAGGAGCGAAAGGAACGAAGCCGCCGGCUGGCCGAGCAAAGGAGUGAGGCUUUAAAGUUUGGAGUCGAGGUUGAAGCCCGAAUCGGCCCAAGCACCAUUCGAGUGGCUACUCUGCUUCCGGCGCCCUGGCGCAUCGAAAGCCUGGUGAGCGUUAUGCACGGCCCAAGGCUGACGUGGGUAUCUGAGAGUGUGGGUGAAAUCGGGCCGCCCCGCCUGAACACGCUUCCCGAGCUACUCCACCACUGCAAGAACACGACGAAUCGAGUUGUGCAGAAGUGCCCUGUGCUGUUUGAAGAAUGGUACGUAGAGAAGCCUUUGCUCCUCUUUAGCGGCCGCAAGUUCGACCUGCGGCAGUGGGUUCUGGUCCGCUCAUUUCAGCCACUUGAGGUGUACAUGUUCUCCUCUUGCUACCUCCGCCUGUGCAACGAGCCGUACGACCUUGGCGACCUUGCGAACCGGCAGCGGCACAUCUCCAACUGGUCUGUGAACAAGCACGGCAAGCAUGUCGCUACUGGUGCCGUGGCCAGCCUCAGUGAGCUCAACGAUGUGCUGGAGAUGAUGACCGGCAGCAGACACUACUGGGAAAACGAUCUCGUGCCGAAGUUGAAGGAGUGCAUCCUGCACAGCCUCCGAUCGGUGCAAGAUCGCGUGGUUCAAAGGUCUUCGUGCUUCGAAGUCUAUGGCUUUGAUUUCCUGCUGGGUGAAGACCUGAAGCCUUGGCUCCUGGAGGUCAACUUGAGCCCGGCAUGCGAAUCCCGGACCCCUUGGAUCUCGGAGCUUUUGGAGCGCAUGGCCACGAGGCUGUUGGAGCUGGUCUUGAAUGGCCAUUUGGAACCAGAUGGACUUGCGCCUGACUGGGUCUGCAUCGCUGACGAGACGCCGGAGCCGGGAGUCGGCCAGCCUGAUGAGCGUCCCCUCGAUCUGCCGGAUGCCGACGCCAGGGGUCGCGAUUUUUUGGCGGAUUCCCUGGGGCGAUGUGCAUUGGGGCUGACAGUGGUGGGAAAGGCUCUGAACCUGCGGGCCGAACGUCGAUUCGGCGAAGCCUGGCGCCAAAGCGCGGCCCAGGUUACCAUCGCCCGAUUUGUGCGGGGCUUUCUGGUACGACACCAAGGAGAGAUCAUCGCGCGACAAAACGCUGCAAAGAUUCUCCAGCGUCGGGUCCGUGAAUGGCGAAGGAGACGCGCCCUGGAGAUGCGCUUGAAGAUGGCAGCCUCAAGGCUGUGGCAGGCGCGCAUGCGUGGCUAUUUGUGUUCCAUGCUGUUGAACGAGAUCAAGCGACGCGAAAGGGCGAGGCUGAUGAAGGCUCGACGCCGUGAAGCUGCAAAGCAACUGCAGUGCUGCUGGCGCGGUCUCCUCGGACGCCGAGCUGCUCGCGCCCAGCGGAUGCUCCUGGCGGCGAGGAGCCUGCAACGGUGCUGGCGAG